AUGACUCGAUCGAUCGCCGGACUGGCGCAUGUGGAGACGCCCUUGAUCUACUCGGAGCCGUUCUCCAAGCAUUUGGGGGCAGAGGUCUACUUGAAGUUGGACCUUCUUCAGCCCUCGGGGUCCUUCAAGUUGCGUGGCAUCGGUCAGACGGUGAAGGAGGCGGCGGAGGCGGGGGCCAAGUGCAUCGUGUCCUCCAGCGGUGGCAACGCGGGGCUCGCGGCGGCCUAUGCCGCGCGCAGCUUCGCAUUGCCCUGCACGGUGGUUCUGCCCAGCUCCACGCCGCAGUCGGUGCAGCAGCGCCUGGCCUUCUACGGGGCCGAGGUGUUGGUGCAUGGGGACGUGUGGGAUGAGGCGGACCGCAGAGCGCGCGUGGUGGUGCAAGAGCAGAAGGGCGCAUACGUGCAUCCCUUCGACCAGCCGUCCACCUGGAAAGGUCACGCGACCUUGGUGGAGGAGUUGAAGCGGCAGAUGCCGGCUGAGCCGGACGCCAUCGUCACCUGUGUGGGCGGCGGCGGGCUGCUGAUGGGCAUCCUGCAGGGUGUGGAGGCCGUGGGAUGGCAGUGCCCAGUGAUCGCCUGCGAAACGCUUGGGGCCAGCUGCUUGCACAGCUCUCUGCAGGCGCAAGAGUUGGUCACCCUGCCCGCCAUCACUUCCAUCGCCAAGUCCCUGGGCGCCCUGCGUCCCAGCAAAGCCGUCUUCGAGAAGUGCCGGCAGCUGGGCGCCGACCAGUUCCAGUCCUUGGUCUACAGCGACCAACAGGCGCUAAAGGCGUGCCUCAGCCUGGCGGACGAGCACCGGCUGCUGGUGGAGCCCGCCUGCGGCGCGGCACUCUGCGCGGUGACUCAGCGCGCCGAGGCGCUGCAGGGCGCCACGCGCGUGGUGGUGGAGCUCUGCGGCGGGGCGGUGGUGACCUCAGCUCAGCUCGCGGAGUGGGCGCGGCACCAUUCGUGA